AUCCUCCGCCUAAAACAGUUGUCAGGAGGACGUGAGCCAGAGAAGGAAUUGCAAGGGUUUUUCUUACCGGGCAGGCUCAAGAUCCUUGGGAUCAGAGGUGCCCAUCUGAGAGGUGCUUGAACUCUCUUGUGCCUUGAGAGUGAUGUGCAGGAGGAAGCCGCAGCGAAGGGAGAGAAGAUCUGAACCACAGUGUUUCAAGAUGGGCAGCUGGGCACAGCUGGCAUCUCUCCUGCUGCUCGUGUGGGCAGGGACCGAUCUGGGGGUGAGGGGGCUCAGCCCGCACACCAAGGGGAAGGAGGUCCCGGAACGGCUUCAGCAUCGCCUGCAACGCGGCUCUUGCACGUAUACUUUCCUGCUGCCGGAGGUGGGGGGCUGCGACCCAGCGGAGGUGGAGGACCAGGUGUCCAACUCGCUCCAGAGAGAUGCCCCAUCGGUAGCCGAAGCCAAGUGGCCAGUGAAGAGGUUCCAGCAGCUGGAAGAUCUCAUGGAAAACAAUACCCAGUGGCUGCAGAAGCUGGAGGGCUACAUCCAGGAGAGCGUGAGACUGGAAGUAUCGGACAGCCACUUCAGCGCCGUGCAAAACCACACGGCGGCCAUGCUGGAAAUCGGCACCAACCUCUUGAACCAAACCGCCGAGCAGACGCGGAAGCUCACGGAUGUAGAGAUGCAGGUUCUCAAUCAGACCUCCCGGCUGGAGAUCCAAGUACUGGAAAACUCCCUCUCUACCCAUAAGCUGGAGAAACAGCUGCUGCUGCAGAGCCACGAGAUCAACAAACUCCAAGAGAGGAACAGCUUCCUAGAGAAGAAGGUCCUGGCUAUGGAGGGGAAGAGAGAGGAAGAACUGAGAGGCCUCACCUCUGAGAAGGGGGAGAUGCAGAGUCUGCUCUCCAAGCAGACGGACCUCAUUGGCCACUUAGAGCAGCGUCUGGGACUGGCCCUGGUCAACAAUUCGGCCUUACAGCAGCAGCAGGCUUCCCUGGCAGAGACGGUGAAGCAUCUGGUCAGGCUGGUAUCCCAGUGCAACCAAAUAUCUCUAGGGGCCCCAGAAGAACAGAAGACAUUCAAGGACUGUGCGGCUGCAUACAAGCUGGGGUUCACCACCAGUCGAAUUUAUACACUGAGGUUUCCUAACACAACAGCCACAGCUAAAGUCCUUUGUGACAUGGAGACCAGCGGAGGAGGUUGGACCAUCAUCCAGCACCGGAAGGAUGGAGCUGUGGAUUUCCAGCGCACCUGGAAGGAAUAUAAACAGGGCUUUGGGUCACCCCCAGGAGAAUAUUGGCUGGGCAAUGAUUUCAUCCACUUGCUGACCACACAGAGACCUUACUCCCUCCGGAUCGGUCUCCAAGACUGGGAAAAGAACGAGGCCUAUUCCCUAUAUGAACACUUCCAAGUGGGUCCUGAGGAGCAGAACUAUCGACUUUACGUGAGAAAGUUUAGCGGCACCGCCGGACGCAUGAGCAGCCUCAGCCCUUCCGGGACGGAAUUUAGCACCAAAGAUGUGGACAAUGACCGCUGCGGUUGCAAGUGUGCCCAGAUGGCUGGUGGAGACUGGUGCUUAUAG